UUUGAAAGAUUAGAGAAGUCUAAAUUAGAAAGAGAAGUCAAAGCAAGAAAGAACCAUUAUUGAACAGAAAAACAAGGCAAAAAAAAGGGCAUAGCCGAAAAGUAUACAUAAUGCCCGCCAAGCCAAUCCAACAUUACUAACAAGCUGACCACCAAUUGUUCUUCAAUGUCCGCACCACACAGGAAAGCAGCUGCUCGCGUACCCCCUUACCUCUUUCCUUGUCUCAUCGGCUUAAUCUCCCUUACCCUUCUUUUCCUCUACCAGGUAGAUAGUUUCGCCUCCAGAACUAAAACUGUCGCAGGUCACAACUUAGACCCAACACCAUGGCACAUUUUCCCUCCCAAGACGUUCGACGAAGAAACCCGCCAAGCGAGAACUUACAAAAUUUUACAAUGUUCCUAUCUUACUUGCCCAUAUACCAACACUACCUCCCCCCAACAACAUCCUUCCUAUUCCUCUUCUCAGGCGGCGAAUGCUGUAUGUCCUGAUUUUUUUAGGUUUAUUCAUCAUGAUCUUGACCCAUGGAUACAUACGGGAAUAACCAAGAAGCAUAUAAUGGAGGCCAAGAAGUUUGCGGCUUUUCGCGUUGUGAUUUACGGGGGGAGAUUGUAUUUGGAUCUUUAUUAUGCUUGUGUGCAGAGCAGGAUGAUGUUUACCAUAUGGGGAUUAUUGCAGCUGCUGAAUAGGUAUCCUGGAAUGGUACCUGAUGUUGAUAUUAUGUUUGAUUGUAUGGAUAGACCCGUUCUUAACAGGACUGAGCAUAGCUCCAUGCCUUUGCCUGUCUUUCGCUAUUGUACUACUCAAAAUCAUUUUGACAUUCCAUUUCCUGAUUGGUCCUUCUGGGGCUGGCCCGAGAUAAAUAUAAGACCUUGGAAUGAAGAAUUUCCAGACAUUAAACGAGGUUCUCAAUCCAAAAGUUGGUCCAGGAAAUUGCCUCGCGCAUAUUGGAAAGGAAAUCCAGACGUUCUUUCUCCUAUUCGUACAGAAUUAAUGCAAUGCAAUCACUCUAGAAAAUGGGGGGCACAUAUCAUGCGGCAGGACUGGGGCGAAGAAGCACAGGGUGGUUUUGAGAAAUCCAAACUAGCAAAUCAGUGUGAUUACAGGUAUAAAAUUUAUGCUGAAGGCUUUGCCUGGUCCGUGAGCUUGAAAUAUAUCAUAUCUUGUGGUUCGCUUGCACUCAUAAUUUCGCCACAGUAUGAAGAUUUCUUUAGCCGUGGCCUUAUCCCUUUAACAAAUUAUUGGCCUGUCUCUUCUGAUGAGUUAUGCCAGUCUAUAAAGUUUGCUGUUGACAGGGGCAACGUUAAUCCAUCUGAGGCUCAGGCAAUCGGAAAAGCAGGACAGAAUUUUAUGGAGAGCUUAAGCUUGGAUGGAGUUUAUGAGUACAUGUUCCACCUCAUAAAAGAGUACUCGAAGCUGCAAGACUUUAAGCCUGCCCCACCAUCUUCUGCAAAUGAAGUGUGUGUGGACUCCCUGCUCUGUUUGGCUGACCCAAAACAGAAGCAAUUCCUUGAAAAGACAACAGCAUUCCGUUCUUCAAAGCCACCAUGCGAUCUGCAGGCUGCUGAUGAGAGUUUAAUCAGGAGUUGGUUACAAGAGAAACAGAGAGUCAUAGAGGAUGUGAGAAAAAUGGAGAAUGUGAAAGUGUGAAGACCUCCAAGUUGUAUGGUACAUAAGUUUGCAGGCACAUAGAGAAGUUGCUUAUAGUUUUUACCUUGACAAAAGGAGUUGAAGAGCCAGAAUGACAUGGACUAUCAUUCGUAUAUAAGACUUCACUAUUCAUCUUGAGGGAGUUGUUAUAUGAAAUACCCAAUAAUCGAAUAUUGUCAGCACCCAAGUACGAGAACUCAAAUACGAACCGUUAGGAUCUACAUUGAUUCAAUUGUUUCUUUAAUUUUCUUGUAUACGUAUGUUUUAUAUAGCAAAUUCAACUGCAGAAAAUUGAUGAACUUAGAUGUGCACAUGCACAUAUUUGUAAAGUUGUAAAUGAGAAUGGAAUUGGUAGGAGCAAUGAAAGUCGAAAGACAAUCUUUUACUA